AAAAUACAUCUCGACAUUUCUAGCUGGUCCGCUGAAAUUGCACGAGAAAAUCUACCCGUGAUACGAAAACUAUACGCCGGUUAGCUACGCACAGACUAGUACAUUUGAAUUUCCACAUAUUUAUAGUCAAACACAUGCUCAACAACAACUACGCGAUUACGAGCUAGCACAUUGGCUCACGAAAAGGAAGAAAGGGCUUGGUUUCCAUGGAUCGAUCAGAUGCUUUCAUCUACGUCAUCAUCAUGAGCGUCGUCGUCGUCCUCCUGCCGCCGCCGUGUUCAGCCGACGACCGGCUUGUCCCCGGUAAGCCGCUAACCUCUGAUGCCACCGUCGUCUCCGACGGCGGCGCCUUCGCCAUGGGCUUCUUCUCCCCCUCCAACUCCACCCCGGCCAAGCUCUACCUCGGUAUAUGGUACAACGACAUCCCCCGGCGCACGGUGGUGUGGGUCGCCGACCGAGAAACUCCGGUCACAAAUGGCACAACGCUGUCCCUGACCGAAUCCUCCAACCUCGUCGUGUCCGACGCUGACGGCCGCGUCCGCUGGACGACCAACAUCACCGGUGGCGCCGCCGGCAACGGCAACACGACCGCGGUGCUGAUGAACACCGGCAACCUCGUCGUCCGGUCACCGAACGGCACCAUCUUUUGGCAGAGCUUCGAGCAGCCGACCGACUCGUUCCUGCCCGGGAUGAAGCUGCGGAUGAUGUACAGGACGCGCGCCUCCGACCGGCUGGUGUCGUGGAGGGGCCCCGGCGACCCGUCGCCGGGGAGCUUCUCGUACGGCGGCGACACGGACACGUUCCUCCAGGUGAUCAUGUGGAACGGGACGCGGCCGUUGAUGCGGGACGGGCCGUGGACAGGCUACAUGGUGGAUAGCCAGUACCAGACGAACACCAGCGCCAUUGUCUACGUCGCGAUCAUCGACACCGACGAGGAGAUAUACAUCACGUUCAGCGUCGCUGACGACGCCCCGCACACCAGGUUCGUGCUGACCUACGCCGGCAAGUACCAGCUUCAGAGGUGGAGCAGCGGAUCGUCGGCGUGGGUGGUGCUCCAGGAGUGGCCGGCCGGGUGCGACCCCUACGACUUCUGCGGCCCGAACGGGUACUGCGACAGCACGGCGGCGGAGGCGCCUCUCCCGGCGUGCAGGUGCCUCGACGGCUUCGAGCCGGCGAGCGCGGCGGAGUGGAGCAGCGGCCGGUUCUCGCGGGGUUGCCGGCGGAAGGAGGCGGUGCGGUGCGGCGACGGCUUCUUGGCCGUGCAGGGGAUGCAGUGCCCCGACAAGUUCGUGCACGUCCCGAACAGGACGCUGGAGGCGUGCGCCGCGGAGUGCAGCAGCAACUGCUCGUGCGUGGCGUACGCGUACGCCAACCUGAGCAACAGCAGGUCCAGGGGCGACACGACGAGGUGCUUGGUGUGGUCAGGGGAGCUGAUUGACAUGGCAAAAGUUGGUGCACAAGGGCUGGGCAGCGAUACGCUCUACCUCAGGCUUGCAGGCCUUCAGCUUCAUGCGGGUGGAAGGACGAAGAGCAAUGCAGUCAAGAUUGUGCUUCCAGUGUUAGCAAGUAGUAUUCUGGUAAUUCUAUGCAUUUCUUUUGCAUGGUUAAAAAUGAAAGCAUGCAAGAAAAGAAAUCGAGAAAAGCACAGAAAGCAAAUUUUGUUUGGCAUGAGUGCAGCUGAAGAGGUUGGGGAAGGAAAUCCUGUCCAAGAUCUUGAAUUCCCAUUUGUAACAUUUGAGGAUAUUGCUCUAGCAACUAACAACUUUUCGGAAGCAUACAAAAUUGGUCAGGGAGGUUUUGGAAAAGUCUACAAGGGAAUGCUAGGGGGUCAGGAAGUCGCUAUUAAAAGGUUAAGCAGGAAUUCUCAACAAGGAACGAAGGAAUUCAGGAACGAAGUUAUUCUUAUUGCGAAAUUACAACAUAGAAAUUUGGUUCGCAUACUUGGUUUUUGUGUUGAGGGAGAUGAAAAGCUACUAAUUUAUGAGUAUUUGCCUAACAAAAGCUUAGAUGCAACACUUUUCAAUGGUUCAAGAAAAUUGUUGCUAGAUUGGACAACACGGUUUAAUAUAAUCAAAGGAGUGGCAAGGGGACUUCUUUAUCUACAUCAAGACUCAAGAUUAACCAUAAUUCACAGAGAUCUCAAAGCCGGUAAUAUUUUGCUAGAUGCAGAGAUGAAACCUAAGAUAGCAGAUUUUGGCAUGGCAAGGAUCUUUGGUGAUAAUCAACAGAAUGCAAAUACCCAACGUGUUGUUGGAACAUAUGGUUAUAUGGCUCCUGAGUAUGCAAUGGAAGGUAUCUUUUCUACUAAAUCAGAUGUCUACAGCUUUGGUGUGUUAUUGUUGGAAGUUAUAACCGGUAUGAGGAGAAAUUCCGUUAGCAACAUCAUGGGCUUUCCAAACCUAAUAGUCUAUGCAUGGAAUAUGUGGAAGGAAGGGAAGACCGAGGAUUUGGCAGACUCAUCAAUUAUGGAUAGUUGCUUACAAGAUGAAGUUUUACUUUGCAUCCAUUUAGCUUUAUUGUGUGUUCAAGAAAACCCAGAUGACAGGCCACUUAUGCCAUUUGUUGUGUUCAUCCUAGAGAAUGGAAGUAGUACUGCACUGCCAACCCCAAGUCGCCCUACCUACUUUGCGCAGAGGAGUGAUAAAAUGGAAAUGGAUCAAUUGAGACAUAAUAUUGAAAAUUCAAUGUAUACUCUCACGUUAACAGAUGUAGAGGGGCGGUAGGAUAAUUCUUUAACUUGAGAAUUUGAGAUGUAACAGUUAGCGUCCAAACAAAAAUGUCUUCUUGCUGGUUGAUGUGUGGUUUGGGAGUCGAUUUGUUGCUUA